AUGGAUUCCCCUAGUCGCUCAAACAGUCUGUGGAAAGGUAAAGGGAAGGCGAAGGCGACCGACGUCGACUUCGAGGACCUAAACCCGAUUAUCACCUACCGACACCUCCAUUCUCACAACCUCAGCCCCAGGGACCCUCUGCGAGCUAUAGCGUUGUGUGAUAGCGAUGCCUUUUACGCCGCAUGCGAGCAAAUGCGUCUUGGGGUGGAUCCGGCCAUUCCGUUGGUGGUGAGGCAAUGGGACUCGUUGAUUGCUGUCAACUAUCCAGCGAGGAAGUUUGGGAUCUCCAGGAUGGACAGGUGGGACGAUGCGCUGAAAAAGUGCCCGGAGUUGAAGAUUGUGCAUGUUGCGACAUAUAAGGAGGGGGACGCGGAGCCUGGGUACUGGGAGAAGCCUGACACUAGGACGCACAAGGUAUCCCUCGAUUACUACAGGAGGGAAAGUGCGAAGAUUUAUACUAUGUUCAAGGAAGGCCUUCCAGGCGCUGAGAUCGAGAAAGCAUCUAUCGACGAGGCUUUCAUUGACUUCACACGGCCUGUUCGGGAGAAACUCUUAGAGCGUUACCCUUACCUAGCCACCGUGCCCGACGAUGCCCCUGAGGGUAUUGACAGUCCGUUGCCUCCUCCGCCACCGAUAUCAUGGGAUGGCCUCGGGGUCGUAGUUCCCAUUCAUCCAACUGCUGACGAAGAAGAGCAACUCUUGGAAGACGACAACCUGACAACCUGGUCCGAUGUCGCGUUAUCAAUAGCUGCAGAGAUGAUGGGGAAAGUCAGAGCGGAUAUCCAUGCGACCCUGGGAUAUACGCUUUCGGCGGGUAUAGCAAGAAAUAAGUUUCUGGCUAAGUUGACUGCCUCGUAUAGGAAGCCAAAUAACCAGAGUAUUUUGCGAAACUAUGCUAUACCGGAUUACCUUAAGCCGAUGCCAUUUCAGAAGAUCCGCUUCCUGGGAGGCAAGCUCGGGGAAGCUUUGGCCAGAGAGUACGACGUCAAGACAUGCGGAGAUCUAUUGCCUAUCAGUCUAGAAGAAAUGCAGCGGAAAUUCGGAGAGGAUUCAAUAUGGGUGUACGAGAUUCUUCGUGGUAUCGAUCGGAGCGAAGUGAAAGAGAAAUCAGCCCUGACGAAAAGUAUGCUGGCCUCGAAGAACCUUGCGGAGCCAGUUACCAAGCCUUCCGAAGGGAGCCAUUGGAUUCGUGUCCUUGCAGCAGAAUUGACUCUCCGGCUGAACGACGCGAGAGAGCAAUCACCGGGUCUAUGGCCCAAGAGUAUCGUUCUUAGCAUCCGCCAAGGCUGGCAUUUGGGACGUUCGAAGCAGGCACCUUUCCCUUUCUCUCGGACAGUGACCGCGGACCUCAUUGCUGCUGCGGGGGACAAGCUAUGGAAGGAACUCAUCGGUUUCGACGACUCUAAACCGUUGCCGAUCAAGAUCACCCAUGUGGGACUAUCCUUCACUGGCAUCGCGUCCACGGAGUCGGGCCAGCGGAAUAUUGAAGGCUUCUUCAAGGCUCCGGACUCAAUGAAGAUUGAAGAGCGCGGCACUAAGCGCAAGAGUUCCGCCACCACUGAAGAAUGCGCCGAGUCCACCGCCAUCACGGCCAGUCGGAUCGUCAAAGAUCUAGACCCUGGGGCUUCCUCUCCCACGUACUUCGACUGCGGACGAUGUGGCAAACGAAUGUCUCUUCCUGAUGACAUCUGCGACGCUGAAGUAGGAGACGAUAUCAAGAAGCAAGCGCUCGCCGUUUUGCACACUGCACAUGAGGACUUCCAUCUGGCUCUGGACCUGUCACGGAUGCCAGAGGAGGGAACUAAGACUGUGAAGUUUCGGCCUGAUCCCCCGAAGAAGAAGAAAGUCAGGAGGUCCGAGCCGGGAGGCAUUGCCAGGUUCCUUGUGAAGAAAUGACAU